AUGACUAUGCACAGUGUUCAGUUAAAUCAAGAUAAUUUUCAAAUAACAACAAGUGUGCUUCUUAAUCCGAAGGGCGAGUUUGACUCUUUUGGUUUUGAAGCUGAAGACAGCUAUGCGAGUAAAGCGGAAGAUGACAAACACGAAGGAUGGCGGUUGUUCAGGCGUUUUAAGAUGAUUUUGCACAACAAUAAGGAGCUUUCAAGAGCCACAACUGUGGAGGACAUAGCAGGCAAGUCUCAUCAAGCUUUGCCAAUCUUCUCCAUGGCGAUCAAGUUUCUACAUAAACAUCUCCUACAGGCAGUAGCAAACCAGACGGUGGGUGUGCUAGAAAAGGAAAUUUCCUACGUCAUCACGGUGCCCGCUAUCUGGGAUGACAAUGCCAAGGAGUUCAUGAGAACGGCUGCCGAAGAGGCGGGUCUAGAUGGAACCCGAGUUAAGCUGGCACUCGAAUCGGAAGCAGCCUCGAUCUGGUGUGAAACGCUGGAUGUUGACACGAAAGCGGCAUUAGCCGGAACUGGCACUCAGUUUAUGGUCAUUGACCUCGGAGGUGGAACUGCUGAUAUUUCUAUUCAAGAAAAGAAGCACGAUGGUAGUCUGAAGAAAAUCCACCAUGCAAGCGGUGGGCCAUGGGGUGGCAUCUAUGUGACGCCAACUAUCUCAAAUUCCUGGAACAAGUUUUUGGAGAGAAAGCAAUAACUGCCUUUAAGACAAAGGAAAUAUCCGACUUCUUUGACGUUAUUAGAGACUUUGAAACAAAGAAACGUAGCUACAACGCAAAAUCAAAAGAAAAAAUUACAUUCAAGGUAAUUGAAAGCAUGAGAAAGCUUUCCAAAAAGUUUACCGGACAAAAGUUAAAGCAAAGGGUAGAUACUCUCGAAUUUGGCGAUUCAGUUACUCUGCAAGGUGGAGACAAGUUGCGAGUUGAACCUGACAUUGUUAGGGCAUGGUUUGAUAAUCCUAUAAACAAACUCGUUGAACACGUAAACGACCUCCUUAAAGACCCAAAGAUAAUGUCAGUACCGACCAUCGUGCUGGUUGGUGGUUUCGGAGAAAGCACAUACGUCCAAGAAAGGCUUAGAUCUGACAUUCCAGACAAGCGUCUAAUUGUCCCUGCUGAAGCUGGUCUCGCCGUGCUGAAAGGUGCCGUCAAGUACGGCCACGAUUCUUCCAUUAUAUCGUCUCGGGUAAUGAAAUACACGUUCGGAGUUAGUGUGGACAAUUUUUAUGAUGGCAAAAUUCACAGUAAACACAAGAAAUAUCUGAACAAAGACGGAAAAUGGUGUGCCAAAGACUGCUUUGAUGUGUUUGUUCGUGUUAAAGAGGAGAUUCCUGUUGACCGUCAAAUAACCAAGGGAUACUCUCCUACAGGAUAUCGAACAAUAACACCCAUAUACCGAACGACUGCAGCGAACCCCAUAUACACAACCGACCCCGCCUGUGAACUCGGUGUGUUGAUAACAGAUCUUCCUAAAUAUAUUCCUCUUUCCGAACUUAGUAACGAUACAACGUUCAUGUUUGGUGGAACGGAGCUUGUUGUAAAAAACCGUGUAAGGAAAACGGGAAAAGAGGAGAAUUUGAAACUUCAUUGUCUCAAAUAAACUGCAACUGGCACCAAGUACAUUUUUUGAACCAAUGAAAUACAAGGACAAAUAUUUAUUAUAAAUAAGCUCUUCUUUUCGGUUGCGCCACUUGAAUUGAAAAAUUAUUGCUUUAUUUGGACAGUAGUAUUAUUAACAAAAUUGUUAAAAAAAGUUCCGGAGUAUGGAAAAGCUCAUUUUUAUGCUUAUCGGUGAAAUUGGAGUUUUAUCAGUGAAAUAACAGCAGUGAAAAUAUCAUUCCAUUUUCAUCUUUAAGAAGCGUGGUAUUCGUUGUAUCUUCUAAACGACCCGUCUACAAGGGAAUAAAACUGAUAUGCGACAGUUGUGGUAAUUAAAUAUCCAUGGAAAUAGAAGCAGUUAUAUAAAUUUAUUGUCUUAAAGAUAAGAAAAAUAUAAUUUUAUAAUUUUAUUAUCAAGUUUGAAGUUUGAAUGAAAAAAAUCCAGAUAUUGACAGAAAUACAAAGAGGACCAAAUUUUAAACAUUCAUUGUUACAGGUUUCCUUUGCACUUACAAGCAGUCUAACAAACUGCUUUAGCUAAAAUACUUAAAAGUUCAGGCACAAACUCCCUUACCUACUUGCAUAUCGAAAUCUGACUUUCACAGUCAUUGUGAAAGAAUAAUAACGAAGAACACUGUCCCAGAACACACACAUGCCACUAUAAAAGGGGACAAUAACAGAGCCAGAAAGAGGGUUCACCUCUGAAGCCUUGAUGGAAUGUAUUUCACGAUCAUCUUUUUGUCUAAAUCAUUUUGAACUUUACGCCCCUACACUUGAGUAAGGUGUUGGUAUAUGAUGGUCUCUCAUUUGCUUAUAAUCUCAAUAUGUUAUAUCACUUAUAUGGGUUAGGAGCGGGAGGGCUCACAAAUUCCGUAAAAGACCUUUUCAAAGUUUUCUAAAUAUUCUGAACACCAACAUUCAGUGAACUUACGACAAACAUAAACCCGACAACCUCAGCCUGAGAUUGUUAUUCUUGAUUUCGAGUUUUAAGUCCGUGUCUUUUGGGGCCCCAAUAUUGAUUUGUACGCCCGAGCAUACUGGCAUAAGCCAAGGUACGCCUCUGGCUUAUAGUAGCAAAUUGGUGCAAGACUAACUAUGGGGUAACAAAACAUUUACUUAUUUUUGCAAAAUCUGUAUGGAAUUCUAUACCGCUUUAUAAUCGAGAAUCAUCAUCAUUUGCAUUCAAAUCAUAAUUAGAAAACACCUUGUGACAAAACAAUGAUGUAAGUGAAUGAUUGUCUGUUUAAAUUGUUUGUUUAAAUGCGAUUUAUUUCUGUCUUUCAUAAUUUUGAACAUUGUAUAAUUUGUGUUUAAAUGUCGUCUUGUCGUUAUUGUUUGAAUGAGAAAUGUAAACUCUGUUUGUAGAAUCCAUUGAAGACCACAUUGUAUACAAGAUAUUUAUGUAACUUAAUGUGUUAUCUUCAUGAAAUAAUGUUAUUAUUAUUAUUAUUAUUAUUAUUAUUAUUAUUAUUAUACAUGCAAUCACCAAAAAUGCCAAUACAUUGUCGUUCGGGUAGUCAUGAGUUCUGGCUAUUUUCACACAAACAAAUAAUUAUUUUAGAUAAAGACAUUUCCGUUAAAAUGUAAAUGCUUUUCGAUUGGAAAUUCUGAUAAAAUCUCAUUCCAUAAAAGUUACUCAACACCUUUACAUGUGGCAACGGAUGUAUGCAUUAUGCUUGCUUUAUAUUGCUUGAUAUUAUCAAAACUGAAUAAAAACAUAUUCAUGUGUU